CCAAGGUGCCCCAGAUGACAAGGUGCUAAAUAGAGGAAGGGUCAAGGUGUGGUGUGGAACGAAUACAAGACAACGAGUCACGCUUCUGUAGCAAGAGCAAUUUCGUAAUGGAUAGUGAUCUCAUUAACAGCGAAACAAGUAACUUUUCACUACCCCAAAACGUUACAGUUCUGGGUUGGCGGCCACCGCUUUGGUACCAUUAUGAAGAGUGUGCGGUGGCUCCAUAUGCCUUCAUCUUUUACUUCAUUGUCAAAGUUUUUAACCUGGCCUUGGGCUUCCCCGCCAACACGCUGGUAAUGUGGCAUAUAGCAACGAGCAAAAGUGAAAGCUCCACAUCCGAUGUGUUUAUCUUCAACCUAGCCGCACUGGAUACCUUCUUCUGCCUGAUGACGCCUAUAGAACUGACAAACCGCCUGUAUUUGGACUACUGGGGUAUCUGGCACUUACAGCAUUUUGCCUACGGAGUGAAAGAUACCACGCCGCUAUUCCUUACCUGCAUCUGCUUGGACAGAUAUUUGGCUGUCGUACACCCUAUUGUGUUCACGAACAUCCGUGAUAACCGCAUGCGCAUAGGCAUCUCAGCCUUGGUAUGGGCGAUGAUCUUGGCUUAUGCUAUCACCGAGAGCAUUCUAGGAGUAUUGAGUGUGACCAAGGUGUUCAGCAGCCUCAUUCUGUCUUCCUUCUUCAUCAUGGUCUUCUGCAACAUAUCGAUCAUCUGGGUGUUGCGCAAGAGUGUCGCUGGCAAAGAGGUCAUGAAUCCUGUGAAGAAGAAAGCCUUUAAAAUGGUGGUCAUCCUGCUGGCCAUCAUCGUGGUCAACUAUUUGCCACCCGUGGCGCUCAUGCCGUUUGCCUCAACCUAUACGUUCGUCCAGAUGCACUGCCAAAUCAGCGUCUCGGUCUUCUCCAUCAUGGACUUGAGCAGCACCAUUGAUCCGAUACUUUACAUCUCCAAGACGGACAGAAUGAGCUGCUCCUGUCUGAAGAGGACCGCAAACAAACCGGUCAACAUCAAUGUGUAAAAACUGUAUAAUUUGCAUGCAACAGACUAGAGAUCAGGAUUAUUAUUCUAAUCCAUCUGCAUUAUGGUUUAAUCCUGGAGUGAUUCAGAUUCAGAUCUAGCUGUUGAUUCGUACAAUACGCUAUGAUAUUUACAUCAUAGGCUUGCACUGGCGCACCGAAAAACAAAACUGGUUUCAAUUUGAUGCUCUAUCUAUUGAACAGUUCAUCAAAUCACUAUAGAUAUAAAUAUAUUGCUAUACAUAUCUCAGAAAAGCCUUUUUAAAACAUUUUACAGCCUUAUUUUAGACACAGAAACUCACAGAAGCAAGGAUUUAGAGCCAUUAUUAUCGCACAUUACAUUAUAACUGUUUACGCUUUGCUUCUCUUUAUACCACAAAGUUCUAGUUUGCAAAUAAUUGUGAGAUUAUGGAAUUAUAGAGAAGACAUCAUAUUUGAAAUCGUGGAUCUGUUGACGUUAGGGGGUGUCUAUGAACUCUACCAUUAGAAUUGAUAUUGCUGCAUUAUUCCUACGUAGCCACAUGCAAUUAAUUUUCCCAUAAAACAUUUAACACCUUUUACUCAGGAAGCUGAACUUUAUCAUUUCCAAACACGAGCCCAAUUUUGCUCACGAUGAGAAUCUUAUCUAUUUUAUUGUACACUAAGACUAAUCAUCACAUAUAAACAUGCAGCCAACGGCAUCUAGAUGAAGUUUUUUUUUUUUCUUUCUACGUACAAGAUAAAAAACAAGUAUAUAAGAAAGAACGUACCUUGGUUUUCGUUCUGGAUUCUGGACCUUCCCACGCCGAAAGACCUCUCGCUUCCCUUCCAUCCUCCACACUGAGGU